UAAUUUAAGAUUUAAAUUGAUAGUUACCCAAAUAAUGAAGAAAAAGAGUACGAAAAGGAGCUAACUUCAUUGCUUCAACACAGAAGAAGCUUAGACCUCCAAAAACUCAAAUCAACUAUCCAAUUCUAUUUUCAUUUUCUCCGUUUAACACUCAAUCUCAUCGGAAAAUUAUGGGCGGAGGAGAAGAGGAUCCGCAGAAGUUGAAGAGGAUUGCGGCGGCGGCGUUCGACUACGAUAACGACCCGCGCUGGGCAGAUUACUGGUCAAACGUCCUCAUUCCACCUCACAUGGCUUCCCGCAACGACGUUGUCAACCACUUCAAGCAAAAGUUCUACCAGCGUUUCAUUGAUCCUGAACUAAUUGUGGAGCCAAUAGGUACUACUAGCACAUCUCAGCCAGCUAGAACAUCAACACCGCCGCCAGAGUCUUCAUCAUCUACUUCUAAUACUAAUACACGCCAGAGGGGUUCAGGGUCAUCAAGUAGAACAUCAGGGUCAUCAACAGCUCCACCUCCUUCUGGUUCUUCUGCACCAUUACGUUGGGAUCAGCAAACCAUUCAGUUUUCUGUCAAUGCUUGGGUCUUUAUUGUGGCAGUUCUUGCCAUUUUUCCUCUUGUGUCACAAAAUCUCUCAAAACGGGCAUAUCGUCUUUCCUUCUUGGGGACUGCAUGUACCUCUGUCUAUUCUUUGUACUCAUUAUAUGGGAAACCCAGAGCAUGGAACUUGCCUGCUUUGCAAAUGUGGUUUCAGACAGUCAUGGUUACUAAAGAUUUUAUCUACUCAAUAUACUGCCUUUCGUUUCUCACUUCACAUUUGUGCCUCAAAUUUUCUAUAAUACCCAUACUUUGUCGUGCCCUUGAGCAUGUUGCCAAGUUCCUGAGACGUAACUUUAGCAGAUCCACUUUGUACAGGAAGUACUUGGAAGAAACUUGUGUUUGGGUAGAGUCAAACAUCACUACUCUAAGCAUUAUGUCCUCACAAUCUGAAAUUGGAACUGGAUUCCUACUGAUUAUUUCUCUCUUCUCGUCGCAGCGUAAUAUUAUACAAGUCUUUAUGUACUGGCAGCUCUUGAAGCUGAUGUACCACGCUCCUGCCACUGGUGGUUACCAUCAAAGUGUGUGGGCCAAGAUUGGACGAACUGCGAAUCCAUUGAUCCAGCGUUUUGCCCCAUUUCUGGGCACUCCAAUAUCCGCUGCUCAGAAAUGGUGGUUUAGGUGAAAAAAUGUGUCGAGGAACUGGGCCAGAAAAGGAGAGGUUAAUGUUAAUGGCAACGAAUGCCGUUACUUGUGAGAAUUGUAGUUUUACAUGCCAAGAAUAUUAGACAUCUUACUAAGCCAUCAAUCUGUUUUAACUAAUAAAAUUCAUGGGAUCUCACUGUCAUGCUCUAACCACCUUUCAGGCCACCACUACUUCCAAAGUUAACAAUAUUUGAUGAA